AUAGCGGAAACAGAGGCAUUAUGUGCGUGUGUCUGUAUAAGUAUAUAAGAAAGAAAAAGUUAAUUAAUAUUAGAAUUAAUUCGAAGGAAACAAAAGGUGGUGAAGGAGAGAUAGUUAGUUAGUUAGUUAGUUGAGAGAAUUAAUCAUCAAUGGGUACUUCAGAAAGGAUCGACUUGGAGCACGGCGGCGAGGAGGUGGCGGAAGCGGCGGCGUCGGUGGAGAAGGCGUUUGAGGGGAAGGAGGUGCCGCCAUGGGAGAGGCAGGUGACGGUGAGGUCGAUGGUGGUGAGUUUGGUGUUGGGGGUGAUGUUUACGUUCAUCGUCAUGAAGCUUAACCUAACGACGGGAAUUAUUCCGUCGCUAAACAUAUCGGCGGGGCUGCUAGGGUUUUUCUUCGUGAAGGCGUGGACGAAGCUGCUCGCCAAAUCGGGGAUGCUUAUGCAACCGUAUACUCGUCAGGAGAAUACUGUUAUUCAAACUUGCGUUGUUGCCUCUAGUGGCAUUGCUUUCAGCGGAGGUUUUGGUAGCUACUUGUUUGGAAUGAGUUCAGAUAUUGCUAAACAAUCUCCAGAAGCUACUGCACAGGAUAUUAAGGACCCAGGUUUAGGAUGGAUGAUAGCAUUUGCAUUUGUUGUUAGCUUUCUUGGCCUCUUUUCAUUGGUUCCACUACGAAAGAUUAUGAUCGUAGACUUCAAAUUGACAUAUCCCAGUGGUACUGCAACGGCCCAUCUUAUCAAUAGUUUCCAUACAACAGAGGGUGCCAAACUAGCUAAGAAGCAAGUAAAUUUGCUGGGAAAGUUCUUCUCUUUUAGCUUCUUUUGGGGCUUCUUCCAAUGGUUUUACACUGCUAGUGAUGGUUGUGGCUUUAGCAACUUCCCUACAUUUGGUCUGGAAGCCUAUAAAAACAAGUUCUUCUUCGACUUUUCGACUACAUAUGUCGGGGUUGGGAUGAUAUGCCCAUAUAUAAUCAAUGUAUCCCUUUUGGUUGGUGGAAUUAUCUCAUGGGCUAUCAUGUGGCCUCUCAUUGAUAAUAAAAAAGGAGACUGGUACUCUGCAAAGCUAGAGCAGAGCAGUUUGCAUGGCCUUCAAGGUUACAAAGUUUUCAUAGCAAUAGCAAUGAUUCUUGGUGACGGUCUAUACAACUUCAUCAAGGUUCUUGGCCGAACCCUUCUUGGUUUGUAUAACCAAUUCUACAGAAAAAGCUUGGGCACAUCAUCAUCAUCCAGUGAUCCAAAUUCACCUCCAUUACUUUCAUACGAUGAUGAACGCAGAAUUGACAUGUUCCUCAAGGACCAAAUCCCCGUAUGGUUUGCUGUCAUUGGCUACGUUGUGAUUGCAGUAGCCUCAAUUGUGAUUGUCCCCCACAUUUUCCCACAGCUCAAGUGGUACUACAUUGUUGUGAUCUACAUCAUUGCACCAGCAUUAGCAUUUUGCAAUGCAUAUGGGUGUGGACUCACAGAUUGGUCCCUUGCAUCAACCUAUGGAAAAUUGGCCAUCUUCACUAUUGGUGCAUGGGCUGGUGCAUCUCAGGGUGGUGUCAUUGCUGGUUUGGCUGCAUGUGGAGUCAUGAUGAACAUUGUGUCCACAGCAUCUGAUCUAACGCAAGAUUUCAAGACAGGUUACAUGACAUUAGCUUCACCAAGGUCCAUGUUUUUGAGCCAAGUUUUAGGAACUGCCAUGGGCUGUGUUAUAUCUCCUUGUGUUUUUUGGCUUUUUUACAAGGCUUUUGGCAACCUAGGGAUUCCUGGCUCAGCAUAUCCUGCACCUUAUGCUCUUGUUUAUCGCAACAUGGCGAUACUUGGAGUAGAUGGCUUCUCAGCUUUGCCACAAUAUUGUCUCACCCUUUGUUGUGUGUUCUUUGUGGCAGCAAUAGGUAUCAAUCUUAUUAGAGAUUUGGUUGGAGAAAAAUGGGCCAAGUUUAUUCCUGUUCCUAUGGCUAUGGCAAUACCCUUUUAUAUUGGAAGUUACUUUGCUAUUGAUAUGUGUGUUGGUAGUUUGAUCUUGUUUAUUUGGCAGAGGCUUGAUAAGGUUAAUGCUGACACAUUUGGAUCAGCUGUGGCUUCUGGUUUGAUUUGUGGGGAUGGAAUUUGGACACUUCCUAGCUCAUUUUUGGCUCUAGCAGGAGUGAAACCACCUAUCUGCAUGAAAUUUUUGUCCAGAGGGGUAAAUACAAAGGUGGAUGGAUUCUUAGAAUCUUGAGGCCACCACAUUGAUUUUAUAAAUUCCUUCUUUUUUUUUUAAUUCAAAUGUACAAUUUGUUUAAACAUAUACAUUAAUUUCGGUAACUUUUUACUAAAUACUUUUACUUCAUUCACCCCUC